AUGGGGUACUACUUGGCCGAUGGCAUAUACCCUAGGUGGCCUGUUUUUUUGAAGACGAUCAGCUGCCCAAUUGGUGAGAGGAGAGUCUUGUUUGCGGCAAAGCAGGAGUCCGCGCGGAAUGAUGUGGAGCGGGCUUUUGGGGUGCUUCAAUCGCGGUGGGAAAUCGUGAAAGGUCCGGCGCGUUUCUGGUACAAGGACGUCAUCGCCGACGUCAUGUAUUCGUGCAUCAUCAUGCAUAACACGAUAGUCGAACAAGAACGUGGCCAUGUCACCAAUUGGGUGGAUGAUGAAGCCGGAUCUAGCUCCAGCACGGCGACCUCGCCGGUCACUCGAGGAUUACCAACUGGCUUCGGUGCGGUUCUACAGCGACAGGCCUCAAUGCGUAACCAACAAGACCAUACUCAGCUCAUGACCGACAUGAUUGAAGAAGUUUGGACCCGCAACCGCCGCCGUUGA